AGGGCAAGGUGCUUAAUGCUGUUCAGUCCUAUAAAUAAUGGAGCAAGGAGUAGUGAAGCUCAGACAGACACAGCUGGAUCCUUCUGAAUAUACUAGUUGUUCCAAAGGAAAAUGAAGACCACCCUGUAUGUGUGUUCAUUUCUUAUUGGACUUCUUGUUGUUGUUUAUUGUCAUCAUGAACCUGAACAUCAUGAUGAUCAUGAUGAUACAAAGACCCAGGAACAUCAUCCCAGGGUUGAAGAAAAUCCUAAAAGCAAAAUACCAGCUUGUUGCAAAAUAGCUGCUAGCAAUGCUGACUUUGCAUUUAGGUUCUACAAGCAAGUUACAUCAGAUGCAGCAGAGAAGAAUAUUUUCUUCUCUCCUCUGAGUAUUUCCACUGCUUUUGCCAUGGUGACUCUAGGUGCUAAAUCAACCACUCUGACUCAGAUUCUGGAAGGACUCGCCUUUAACCUGACAGAGAUUGAGGAGCAGGAGAUACAUGAAGCUUUUCGUGAUGUUAUUCACUCGCUAAACCACCCUGACAAUGAAAUCCAGGUGAAUCUGGGAAAUGCCCUUUUUGUGGAUGAAAAGCUGAAAUUGCUAGAUAAGUUUCUGGACGAUGUGAAAAGCUUUUAUGAAGCAGAAGCUCUUCCUAGUAACUUCCAAAAUUCUGCCGAGACUGAGAAACAGAUCAAUGAUUACAUUGAGAAGAAAACCCACGGGAAAAUUGCCCACUUGGUCCAGGGUCUUGAUCCACUCACUGUGAUGGUUCUCAUCAAUUAUAUUUACUUUAAAGCCUACUGGGAACACCCUUUCAGUGAUAUGCUCACCCAUGAAGCAGAUUUUUUUGUGGAUGGGAAAACAUCAGUUAAAGUCAAUAUGAUGACCCGAGAUGGCCGUUAUAACAGUUACCAUGAUAAGGAGCUAUCUUGUCAGCUGGUGGAAAUACCUUACAAAGGAAAUGCUACAGCAUUAUUUAUCUUGCCGGAUGAAGGAAAAAUGAAACAAGUGGAGGAUGCUCUGUUGAAAGAAACCGUGGCUAAAUGGAUAAAAUCACUUAAAAAAGGAAGAAUAGAACUGUACAUUCCAAAAUUUUCUAUUUCGGCCUUCUAUGACAUCGAAGAGAUAUUUAAGAGAAUGGGUGUGACUGCUGUAUUCGAGGACCAUGCUGAUCUGUCUGGAAUCACUGAAGAUCACAAUCUGAAGAUUUCAAAAGCUGUUCACAAGGCCUUGCUGAAUGUUCAUGAGAACGGCACUGAAGCAGCAGCAGUCACUGUUGCAGAAAUGGUCCCUACAUCUCUUCCUCCUGUCUUGCGAAUCAACAGGCCCUUCCUGAUAUUGAUUAUUGAUCGAAACACUGACUUUUUGCUCUUCCUGGGGAAAAUUGUAAACCCUAAUGAAAAUUAAUUCAUCAGUGUCGUAUCCCUCAUGCUGAGUGCUCGUUAAAUUCCAACGGGCUCUUGCACACUAGCUGGUGCUUGCAACUAUAUAAACAUAGAGAUUAAUAUACAUUCCCAAACAAAUAAAGAAGGAAUGCGAUAACUCCUUAUCUACA